AUCCGCCUUUCUGAUUGGAGGAACGGGAUGUCAAUCAUCAACGUUUCAAAGGGAACAACUGCUGUACAUGGCCCCGGCCAAAAACACUGUCAACACUUCACGACUGUGUACUAGCUACUUUUAGGCCGGAUUUAAAACCCACACAGGGUUUUCUGCUGCUGGUGCUUUCGGAUGUCCAAGUACAAACUGUUUCUGCUGAGGCAUGGGGAGGGGGCCUGGAACAAAGAGAACCGUUUCUGCAGCUGGGUGGACCAGAAGCUGAGCGAGGAUGGGGUGAAGGAGGCCCAGGACUGUGGUAGGCUCCUGAAGGAGCAGGGCUACAAGUUCGACUUAGUAUUCACCUCCAUCCUCAGCCGCUCCAUCCAGACAGCGUGGCUGGUGCUGGAGGCUAUGGGUCAGGAGUGGGUCCCCGUGGUCAAGGCCUGGAGACUGAACGAGCGCCACUACGGCUCCCUGAUUGGCCUGAACCGGGCAGAGAUGGCUCUACAACAUGGAGAGGAAAAGGUGAAGUUGUGGAGAAGGAGCUAUGAUAUCACUCCACCUCCGAUUGAUGAAUCCCACCCUUACUUCCUGGAAAUCUACAAUGACCGCAGAUACACCACUUGUGACGUGCCAAAGGAGAGCCUUCCCAGAGCAGAGAGCCUGAAGGAGGUGUUGGACCGGCUGCUGCCAUACUGGGACAGCACCGUGGUGCCAGAGAUCAGGAACGGCAGGACUGUGCUCAUUUCUGCGCAUGGAAACAGCUGCAGGGCUCUGCUGAAACAUCUGGAAGGUAUAUCGGAUAAGGAUAUCGCCAACGUGACUUUACCUACGGGGAUACCUGUGCUGCUUGAGCUGGAUGACAACCUCAAGCCUGUGAAACCUCGGCAGCUCUUGGGAGACCAGGCGAAGAUUCAGGCGGCGAUUAAAAAGGUGGAGGACCAGGGAAAAGCCAAACCGUCAACUUGAAUGCACUAAACCGGCUGUAAGACUUAACAUAGUUCUGUUCUGGUUGCCUGUGCGCACUUUUAUUAGGUACAGUGAAAAAUCUUGAAAAGACUCAAAUAAUAAUAAUAUAUAACAUCAGACAAUAACAACAACAAAGUGGUGUUAAUAAGAUUCAAAGGAUAUGUGUGAAGUUAUGUGUAAUAGUGGCCUGACCUGGAUACAGAAAGGGCCUGUUCAGACCUGGCAAUAUCAUGCAUCCUAACUGAUCGGAUCACAAGUGGACAGCUUUAAAUACAUCUGUUCACA